AAAAGUGAGCAGCGUUGCAGCCAGCAGUGCGCCACUAGACCUGAGGAAUUCCACAGGUCUCUAUAUAAUAGACCCGUGUGGACUCUCGUGUCGUGUCCUCACUGCGUGGAUGUUCACAGUGAGGAGAGAGUGAGCACGCGCUGUGUGAGAUAUAGAUGGAAGGAAAACUGUCGCUGUAAUCAUCUGCAUCUGGAAUAUUACACCUGGGAUUUAUUUCUGACCAGCUUGACGGAUUUUAAAGUUAUAAAAGUCCUCUUCAUUCUGUAGUGGUCGGUUCUUUUCCCCGUCAUGAAGAGUCCUCUUCCUGUCCUGGGUUUGGUUAGAGCGGCAAGCUUGUUCCUGUACUUGAACCAGACCGUCCUGACCAUGGUCCUCACCAACUCCACACGUCUCGAGUCCCUCCUGGACAAGUACAGGGACAGGGACGAGGAGUGGUGGACGGCGAGGUCACGAGGGAGGAGGGCCAUCAGCGAGGGAGACAUGCACCUCAUUCUGGACCUGCACAACAAGCUGCGCGGUCAGGUCCACCCUCCUGCUUCCAACAUGGAGUACAUGAUAUGGGAUUAUGAGCUGGAGAGGAGUGCGGAGCACUGGGCACACGCCUGCCGCUGGGAACACGGACCGAGCCACAUGUUGACUCAAAUAGGCCAAAAUCUUGGAGCUCACUGGGGCAGGGACCGCCCUCCUACCUACCAUGUGCAGGCCUGGUAUGAUGAGGUGAGGCAUUACAGCUAUCCCUACUCCCAGGAGUGUAACCCACACUGUCCUUUCAGAUGUUCAGGACCUGUAUGCACUCACUACACUCAGUUGGUGUGGGCGACCAGUAAUCGCAUUGGCUGUGCCAUCAAUGUGUGUUACAACAUGAACGUGUGGGGGAUGAUCUGGGCCAAAGCUGUUUAUCUGGUCUGCAACUACUCUCCACCAGGUAACUGGUGGGGUCAUGCUCCAUAUAAAUAUGGAACUCCUUGCUCUGCUUGUCCGGCCAGCUAUGCUGGAGGCUGCAGGGACAACCUCUGCUACAAGGAUGGCGGCGUGGACAGGCGUCCGCCUCCUGAGAUCGAGGAGAACUACAUCGAGCCUGAACCCGAGCCAGUGAAGGACAGAGAUCCAGAACCCAGGACUCAGACGCCAGAUCCAUCGCCCUCUGACGCCCAGGGAAGAAACCCGGUUGUCAGCACAGAGCAGAUGUCUCAACAGGUGGAGUGUGAGACCAAACUGAGAGACCAGUGCAAGGGGACAACCUGUAACAGAUAUGAGUGUCCACCUGGCUGCUUCCACAGACACGGAAAAGUAGUUGGAACUGGAUAUUAUGACAUGCAGUCCAGCGUGUGUGGAGCCGCGUUACAUUCAGGUGUUAUUGACGACGACGGUGGAUGGCUGGAUGUGACCAGACUGGGCAGAAAACAGCAAUUCACCAAAUCAUACAAGAAUGGUAUUCAGUCUCUAGGGAAAAACAGAAGUGCAAAUUCCUUCAAAGUAGAAACAGUGCCAGUCAAAGCAGUAACAUGUGAAACCACUGUGGCUCUUUUCUGCCCGUUCAAGAAACCUGUAAGACACUGUCCCAGGUUGUAUUGUCCCAGAAACUGUUUGCGUGAAAGUCGAAUCCGUGUCAUUGGGACAAACUAUUACUCAGAUAAAUCCAGUAUCUGUAGAGCGGCCAUUCACGCUGGAGUGAUCCAGAACGAGUCUGGAGGUUACCUCGAUGUGAUGCCAGUGGACAAACGACAGCAGUACAGUGGCAGUUCACAGAAUGGCGUCACCUCAGAGAGUUUACUGAAUCCAUCGGGAGGAAAAGCCUUCAGAGUGUUCGCAGUCAUGUGAAAAACCACUCUUAAAGGCCAGAGAACCAUCAAACAUGGCCACUGAACAACCAGCAAACCCACUCAUUACACUCGUACAACCUGCAAUUACAUCAGUGCUACAGUAAAUAAGCCUCAGCCUCUGACACUAAAACUGUAACAUGACUUUCAUCAAGGCUUCACUUUUAACUUUGGUCAUGACUCCAAACUUAGCUUUGAGAAGAAUUUCCCGGUGAGUGAUGAUCUUGGAUCUCUCUCUUCUUACGUCUCUCUAGAGUCGGCCAUAAUAAUCACAUCAGGCCACCACACAUCAUGUCGUAAUGCCACCAGAUUAAAAUCACUCCAUAAUUUAAUAUUAUAACAGCUUCUGACCGGAAUUAAAUCAGACGUGGAGUAAAUGUAAAAAAAAAAACAUUUCCAUAAAAGUGAGGACACUGUCUAAAAAUGCAUGUAAUGCAACCCCAAAGGGAAAAGAUUACAUAAUAUCAUGAAUACUUAUAGGUCACAAAUAAACACAAAACUUAAAAAAAGAAAACAAACUUUAAAAAUUAUGAUAUUUCUUUCUAAACUUUCUAAGUUUAAUUUAAAUAAACUUUAGUAACCAGUUGAACAGAAAAUGGAUGACAAAAAUAUUACUUUAACAUAUUUUUAAUCAACAAAAAACAACAUUUUGGUGAAGUGAUAGUGUACGAUGAAAAUUGACAGUACGAUGAAAAUUGACAGUGUCCACGAUUCUACACAUCUUCAACAAAUUUUUUUCGACAAUGACCUAAAAGUUAAAAGAACAAUCCCAUGAGGCUUUAUUUUGGUAGAGAACCAGUGAAAUACUAACUUUCUUCAUCUCUAUUUACAGUACAGCAACAAAACAGGUGGUGAAAAUACAGACUGUAUAUUUCUGUACAUAGUGAUGUAAAUAAUGUUGAACUCUUUUCCAUUUCCAGCUUUACAAAUCAAACAAGCAGUAAUAUAAUAACAUGAGUAGAUGUUGAAACAAUAAAACAUGUUCUUAUCACACAAGAUCUUAAUUUUUUUGUAGAAGACAAAUAACUUGUUAUAUUCAUAUGCUUGUAAAUAUUAUGUAUGGAACAGGUCCUAGCUUUUUUAUAUAUGUAUAUAUAUGUGUGUGUGUGUGUGUA